AUGCUGAAACCUGUUUUUAAAUUAUUGGGGCUUUUACUUCUUUUCAGCCUGGCACGCUUUGCUGUGUUUUUACUUUACAGCAAAAAUAGUAAUUUACUUUUCUUUGCUGCACCACAUAAUGCGGUCAAUACAAAAAAUAAAGCUUCCUUAAACAUAGAGAAGACAACUGCAGUCCCAGAUUUCCACCAAAACAGGACAGCGACGCCAGCAACUUCUGGAAGACCUCUGGAGCCGUGCCCCAACGUCUCUCUGAACCUCCAGGGAGUUCUCCAUGUGGAGUUCAGAACCAACCGGACUCUGGAGGAUGUCCGGCAGCAUGUUGGUCCACUUCUUCAGCAGGGAGGACGGUAUAAACCAGCCAACUGUGUCGCAAAACAAAAGGUAGCUAUCAUCAUCCCAUUCAGAAAUCGUUAUGAUCACCUGAGCCACUGGCUGCAUUACCUCCAUCCGAUCCUCAUACGACAGCAGCUGGACUACGGUGUGUAUGUCAUCAAUCAGGAGGGAGACGGAGUGUUUAAUCGGGCUAAACUGAUGAAUAUUGGACACACGGAAGCCCUGAAGGAGUAUGAUUAUGAGUGUUUUGUCUUUUCUGAUAUAGACCUGGUACCUCUCAAUGAUCGUAACCUCUACAGAUGUUCUGAUAAGCCAAGACACUUAUCUGUUGCUGUAGACAAGUUUAACUUCUUAUUACCCUACAACAACAUCUUUGGUGGGGUCACAGCGUUGUCCAGAGAGCAGUUUUUGAAAGUUAACGGCUUUUCAAACACGUUCUGGGGCUGGGGCGGAGAGGACGACGAUCUGUACCAGCGGAUCGUUUUUCGAGGAAUGUCCAUAUCCCGACCAGACUCUGUCAUCGGAAGGUUCAAGAUGAUCAAGCAUGGAAGAGAUUUGCACAACGAUCCUAAUCCAAAUAAUGUUCAGAAACUGAAAGAAACGUAUUAUAACAUUGACAGAGAUGGAUUUAGUUCGCUCAGUUAUGCAGUCAUGGAGAGGAGGAAGGAUUUAUUGUACACAUUUAUUACUGUAGAUGUUCAGCCUCCAGCAGGCUGAUUACCAACUGUGGGCCCUGGCCUUCUGGGUCUCAUCCAUUGGCAUUUCUCACACUCCAUUUGACUGGUGUACAUUCUGCCUCUCUGGCUGUUCUCAGUUCAUCCAACUCAAGUCCUUUAUAUCCACCAUUUCCCCCGUUACUUCAGGUGUGCCCCAGGGCUCUCUCCUUGGGUCCCUGCUUUAAAUCAUUUGUUUAACUCCUUUCCCCUGGAAACAUUUCCUCAAAUUUAACAUUCAUUUUUAUUUUUAUGCUGAUGACACCCAGCUCUACCUCUUUACUAAACCUUUGCCCACUCUUCUGCCUACCUCCCUCACUGAUUGCAUCUCUGAAUGAAUGAAGAUUGUUUUUUAUUAUAGACAAUCCAGUAGAAUUAUAAAUUUAACACAUGCAAAUAAGCAUUGUGUCAAAUGCUUGUUUUAGAUCAACAAACUGACCAAUUGCUAACUUAUUUUUAUCUGUGGAGCUGGUAAUUUCCUCUAUUAAUUCUAGGACUGCCAAAGCUGUGGAUCUCUCUGACCUAAAUUCAUACUGGCUUUCAGAAAGUAGUUUGUGUUUAUCAAUGAAAUGUUCCAGUCUGUUAAUAAAGAGUUUUUCUAAACUCUUGGAAAACUGUGGAAGUAGAGAAACAGGCCUUUAGUUUGUGAAUUGGUGUCUAUCUCCAGUUUAGUAUAAUAUGAUUUCAGCAGUUUUCAUUUUGUUAGGUUACAGAUAUGAGUCAGUGGUUUAACAAUCGCAUCAAUAACUCUUUUGACUGUUGUCAUAUCAAUGUCCCCACAGUCAGUGGCCCUUUUAUUUUUACAUUUGUUAACUGUAGAUAUGAUCUCGUCCUAUUACACUGCUGUGAGAAAUAUUGAAUUAGGAUUUUUUUGGUGUGAGUACCUUAUUGCAUCUCUCUGUUUUCCCAGGAUGACGGGUUUAAUUUCUGCCAGUUUUGGGCUGACAUUAUGAAAAUACUCGUUGAAUUUUUCAACCACUACAGACAUAUCACCAGUAAUUGUAUUGUUGCUAAUCAAGUUUUGUGGAUAAUUAAUUUCUUUGGAUACUUUUCUAAUAACAUUAUUUCAUUUAUUCCAUAUGUUUCUAAUAUUUAUUUUAUUCUUGUUUAA